AAGCGGCCUUGCAGCUCUCUCUAAGUCUUUCAAAUGUUUAUAUUCUUGUAGUACAAGUAAAAGUAUUGAGCAAUGUAUCAUGUUUAGCGUGAACCUGUUUGAGCAAAGCCUAAAUACCUAACCGCAAAGGUCAAUAAAUCUGUAAGCUGCAACUCGUUUCUAGCUCUACAGAGGCACACUGAUUAUCAGCAAGCUAUAAAAACCAACUUUUGUUUGUUUUGUUAAAAAUCUAAUAAAUUUAGCCAAAUUUCAAGCAAAAGUAAAUAAAUAAUUUAACAGAUAAAAGAAUUUUGCGGAGAAUUUUUAAUUUGAUAGCAAAGGAGAGCCUGCACACCCACACAUACGCACAUAUAUUGCGAUGAAAGAAACAACAAAGACCAAUAAAAUCCACGCCAAAACAUACAAAAGAAAUGACAAAACAAAAGGAAGCAAAACAUAAAGACUAUCAGAAAAGUUUCAACCGCAACAUCCAACAAAAUAAGUAACAACAUUUAGCAGUGCCACACAAACAACAAAAAUCGGCAAUCAUAAAUCCCCAAAGUAACAUAAAUUGGAGGACGCGUAGCUGGACGCCUUGCAGAGACUUGCUGCUGCCUGCUUGCCAGUCAACUCACUUACUCGGCUGACUGGUUGACUAACUGGCUGUGUGCUGGCUUUCAAAGCGUGACUCCAUGUGUAUAUGAGUAUGUUUGUUUAGGACGCGAAGCUGCACGACAACAACAUGCCACAGUCUGAAGACUGAGCAAAGCUUCCUUGCCAAACCGGUCGCAAAGCAGGAAAAAGGCAAGGAAUUUGCAACAACGCUGAUAAUAAAAAAUGUAAUACAUAAAAAAAGAAGAAGAAGAAAAAUAAAAAAUAAAAUAAAAUAAUAAAAAAACGAAAAUUUAAUAAAAACAAAAGAAAAUAAAUAAAAAACAAAAGAAAAGUCAAAAAAAUGUAUAAAUGUGAAGCUGAGAAACAACAACAACGAAAUAAAACGAGUGUCUGCUGCAACUACAAGCAACAACAUAUAACUCACACAGUGCAAUACAAUGAAAUAAAAGCGAAAAGUAUUUUCGAAAAAAUUACAAAGAGUGCAUGAUUGAUACGGAAAACCAGCGAAAAAAGGCCGCAGACACAGAAAGGAAAAAGUAAAAAUAUAUGUACAACAAAAAAGUUUAUGAAAUUAAAACAAAUAACCGAUUCCAUGCGUGUUUGCAUGCAAUGCGGCAUUAAAAAUAAACAAAACAACAACAACAACGCGUGCAUAUGUGCAAAUAACGGCAAGUAUAUGUGAUAUUUCUAGCAGCAAAAAUAUGCACUAAAACAACAAGCGCAACAACUAACAACGAGUGUGGAAAAACUGAAAAAAGCAGCAACAACAACAACAAAAAAUAAAUAAUAAAAUAAAAGUUAAAGUAGGCAAAUAAAAAUUAUGCUUGCGGCAAUCGAAUGACAAACAACAACUGCAGCCACAACGAAAAUAUUGCAAGCAAAACAUACACGAAUUUUGCAAGAAUUCUACCGCACACACACACACAAACAUACAUACAUGUGUACAUGCUGUGACAAGUGGCAGCAAAAAUUGAGGCAUGCAAAUAAUUUCCAUGCAAUCAAACAAAUAAAUAAAUUCGUUUAUGCGGCAGCAAUCAGGCAAAAAAUAAUAUAAACAACAACAAAAACAACAAAAAAGUAGCGCAGCAAUAAGUGCAACGAAUAAGUGUAAAACAGCCGCUGCCGCCAGUCACUUCGCUGCCACACACACACAUACAUAUGUGUCUGCGAAUUCGCGCCUCGCAGCCAGCGCAGCACUGAGGCCCGUUCAUUAAAGGGAAAAGCAAUUUUUAUGGCUCUCGCAUCCUGACACGGUUUGUGUACGGGCCUACACAAAAGAGAUAUCAACGAAAUCGCGUUUUAUUGCAACGCGAAACAAAAGCAGCGCCACCAACGAUAUUAUUUGCUACGGCGUCUGCUACAACAACAACAACAACAAUAGCUAAAUAACGAAAAUGUCCAUAUCAAUAAAGCGCACAUAUUUUGCACUUACGUCCCGGCCACGCAGCACUCUUGACAGCAGGAGCGCUAACAACAACAACAGCAGCAAAGACAGCAACUGUAAAUGUGCAACCAGCCAGCGAACACAUCCGCAUAACUAUCAAUGCCACCAAAAACACAUUCCACACACCGCACACUGGUGUUGCACAGCAACGCGCCCCGGCUGUUUCAGCAUACUAGUAAUGUCAUUGUUGUUGCUCAGCGCACACUGGCACUCCGCAGAAGCCAAACCGAAGUCGCGUAAAAGUUCCAGCAGUCAUCAUAGUAAUGAUGAGAAAUCACCAACCGAAGGUCAACGCUUCGCCAUGGAGCCGCAGGAUCAAACCGCUGUUGUGGGUUCACGUGUUACGCUGCCCUGUCGGGUGAUGGGCAAAAUGGGUGCACUGCAGUGGACGAAAGAUGAUUUUGGCCUGGGGCAGCAUCGCAAUUUGAGCGGCUUCGAACGCUACUCGAUGGUGGGUAGCGAUGAGGAGGGUGACUUUUCGCUAGAUAUCUAUCCGGUGAUGCUGGACGAUGACGCCAAAUAUCAGUGCCAAGUGGGACCCGGCCCGGCGGGUGAGGCGGGCAUACGUUCGCGUUUCGCCGAAUUGACAGUGCUGGUGCCGCCGGAAGCGCCGAAAAUCACACAGGGUGAAGUUAUAUUCACAACGGAAGACCGCGAAAUUGAGUUGGAGUGUGUGUCGGCUGGUGGCAAGCCAGCGGCUGAGAUCACUUGGAUUGACGGCCUCGGCAAUGUGCUCACUAAAGGCAUCGAAUACGUGAAGGAGCCCUUAUCGGACUCUCGUCGCAUAACGGCCAAGUCGAUUUUAAAGCUCGUGCCCAAGAAGGAACACCACAAUACGACAUUUACUUGCCAAGCGCAGAAUACGGCGGAUCGCACUUAUCGCGCCGCCAAAAUACUUAUAGAGGUCAAAUAUGCACCGAAGGUGGUGGUUUCAGUUAUUAGCGGUGCCUUAGCUGGCGGGCGCAUACUGGAAGGCUCCGAGGUUAUAUUAUCAUGUCAAGCGGAUGCAAAUCCAUCGGCGCAAAGCUAUCGUUGGUUCAUAAAUGAAGAAUUGGUCACUGGUGAUUAUACAACGAAAAUGAUCAUACAUAAUGUAACGCGACAGCAUCACGAAGCUUUGGUCAAGUGUGAGGUAGUCAAUGCUGUGGGCAAGAGUGAAGAGACUGAAACUUUGGAUAUCAGCUAUGCACCCGUCUUCAAACAGCGUCCCAUUUCAGUUGAAGCAGAUUUGGGCACGAACGCGAAUUUGCUUUGUGACGUCGAUGGCAACCCGACGCCUGAAAUUGAAUGGAUCAACGAAAACACAGACAAAGUUGUCGGCAACACAGCAAAUCUUAACUUGAAGGUGACCACCGAGACCGCAGGACGCUAUUACUGCAAGGCUAUAGUAACUGGCUUUCCAGAGAUCGGUGCUGAGGCCGCAAUUUACGUUAAGCGUGCACCCAUUAUCACCUCACAUAAGGUGCAAUUCGGUGCGGUGGGAAGUCGCGCGAAGAUCGACUGUGUGGCAUUUAGUGUGCCUAAAGCCGAGCAGAUCUUAUGGUCAUUCGAUGACAAGCUGAUUAAUAUGAGCACAGCCGAUCCGGAUAUCUAUAUAUUCGAAGAGCAACAUUUGCCAGAGGGCGUGCGUGCAGCACUUAUUAUUAAAGAGAGUCGAUCCAGUCAUUUCGGACGCUACAAUUGUACGGUGAAGAAUUCAUAUGGCAACGAUUCGUUGUUGAUCAAUUUGAAACCAGAGCCGGGUUCGGUGCCUAUACUGCUGGUUGUGAUGGGUUCACUCUCUUCGGUUGCUAUUGUCAUCAUGAUUGUGAUGUUGGUGAUUGUCUAUAUGAAGCGCAAUAACAAGAAGCCCAUACCAGCGGAUGUCAUACCAGAGGCGUCACGUGGUGGCGAUAAACUGUCCGGGCUGAAACAUGAAUUGCGUGCCAAAGCCUACGAUGUGGACUACUCGGAGGCUGGUAGCGACGGUUUAGCGAUCAAUCUCACACAAGCACCAAUGCCAGAUGUCCAAAUGAAGGGCGCCACAUUGGGAGUGCCACUGGCUGGCCCAGUGAAGUUAGACGACAGAUUUUCCGGCGAAUUCAGUUAUAGCCGUCAAUGUCAUAUUAAGAAUUUGAAGAAUCAAGACUACAAGGAGACUGUCAACGGUUAUGCGCCCUACUUUGAAUAUGCGCUCGACUAUAGCGCACCUACCGAGGGUGGCAAGCCCGGCGCUGGUGUCGCUAAUAACGUCAACAAAUCCCAAACCAGCACAAUCAACUCGGCCACAUUGCCGCACUACACAAACCCCGUUACAACGACCGGCAAUCUGAGUUUGCCACGCAAUCGCAACGAUAUGCAGCAACAGCCACAACAGAGCACCGCUCAAAUGGGUAACGGAUUCCUCGCCGGUCAGUCGCUACUGCAGAACGGCAUAGAUAGCCGCUUCAGCGCCAUCUACGGCAACCCCUAUCUGCGCUCGAACUCUUCACUACUACCGCCGCUGCCACCACCAAGCACGGCCAACCCCGCCGCCACACCUGCGCCACCACCCUACCAACGUCAUCAUCACCACCCCAGCCAACAGCAUGUGAACAUGAACGGCGGCAUCGGUGUGAAUGCGUUGAAGAAUUACAGCGCGGUCACAGCUGGCAUCGGUAUGACGGGCGCCAACAGCAAUGGCGGCGCCGGCAGCAUUAGCGGUAGCAGUUCGAAUUUGACCGCCAGCAGUAAUACGCUUGCGGCCAUGACACCGCUCACACAGGGCGCACCACUCACCACAGCCACACCGGUCACAACAACGGCGCCGGUGUCCGUGGCGGUAGCGCAGAGCCCCUCCGGUCAAUUCAUCCUACCGUCGAACGGCAGUGCCAAACAAGGCGCACUGGCUACGCACGUCUAAGAGAAAGCGUAGGCGCUAGCGCCACUAACGGCACCUUUCAAGCACGUACACAGCAGCACACUGUAUACAAUUUGAAGCACCUUGUACUUUAUUCACACGCACGCUACACAAUCGCCGCCGCAGAGACACACUUAGAUGCUGCCACAGUCGCAGUCAGAACCACGCGUCCUUAAAUGUCAAUGCUACGCACACGCGCAUAUAUAUGUAUGUAUGUAUGUAUGUUUACACAUAUGUAUGUAUGUAUGUGCCACUAUAUGCAUAUAUGUAUAUCUAACGAGUAUGUAUUUAAGACUAUUUACGGGUCAGUUAGCUGUGAGUGACUGACCCGCCCAUAUCAUUAGCGUAUCUGUAGUGUAAAUUUUUAACUGUAAACGUAAAACCUAUUGUAAAUCGCUACUAACUGAUAGAGCAAGCAGAGAUUUUAGUCAAUUAGUGAAAGUUGUAAAGUUUUAACCAUAAAAUUAUGAAAAUACCUACAUUGAAUGUUAGAACUACAGGGGGUGUGUGGAAAAUAUGAAACAUUAAAUUAAAAUAAUAAUAUUAAUAAAUAAAACAAAAUAUGAAAUAAUAUAUAAAGUGAAAUAUAUAAUAGAUAAAAUAAAAAUAAAAUAAAUGAAAUUUUUGGUAUAAAAAAUAUAUUUAAUAACAUAAAAAUAAAGUUAGAAAAUAAAAAUAAAAUUAUUUAUUAAAUUACAUUAAAACAUCACGAACAAAAAUUAAAAUAACCAUAAUAAUUAAAACAAAAUACAAAAAAUAAAAGCAACAAAAUUAAUUACAGAAAAUUAAAUUUGAAAAUUAUAUUAAAUUUAAAAAUAAUAAAAAUUUUAAAACAAAUCAAACAUAACUGU